UGCCCCGGGUAGCCCAGGUAGCCAAACUGGCUUCCAGGCGCGGGGCCGUGGCUCGGGGCGAGCGGGAGAAGGCGGAGGGGAUUAGCCAUGCGGGCCGUGUUGACCUGGAGGGAUAAAGCGGAACAAUGUAUAUAUGACCUCGCAUUUAAACCCGACGGAACUCAGCUGAUUUUGGCUGCAGGAAACAGACUACUGGUUUACGACACAUCUGAUGGGACCUUAAUUCAGCCCUUGAAAGGACACAAAGACACUGUAUACUGUGUGGCAUAUGCUAAAGAUGGCAAACGUUUUGCUUCUGGAUCAGCUGACAAAAGCGUUAUCAUCUGGACAUCCAAACUGGAAGGCAUCCUGAAGUACACGCACAAUGAUUCUAUACAAUGUGUUUCCUACAACCCGAUUACCCAUCAAUUGGCUUCUUGUUCCUCCAGUGACUUUGGCCUUUGGUCUCCUGAGCAAAAAUCUGUCUCUAAGCACAAAGCCAGCAGUAAAAUCACCAGUUGUAGCUGGACGAACGAUGGCCAGUACCUUGCUCUGGGGAUGUUCAAUGGCGUUAUCAGCAUAAGGAAUAAAAAUGGUGAGGAGAAAGUGAAGAUAGAGCGUCCGGGAGGUACUCUCUCCCCUGUCUGGUCCAUCUGCUGGAGUCCUUCAAGAGAUGAAAACAAUGACGUUCUGGCUGUGGCAGACUGGGGUCAGAUACUCUCUUUCUACCAACUCAGUGGCAAGCAGGUUGGUAAGGAUCGGACACUGACUUUUGACCCCUGCUGCAUUAGCUAUUUUUCCAAAGGAGAAUAUAUCUUGCUGGGAGGAUCAGAUAAGCAAGUCUCCCUCUUCACCAAGGAUGGCAUACGUCUUGGGACUGUUGGAGAACAGAACUCCUGGGUGUGGACUUGUAAAGUUAAACCAGAAUCUAACUAUGUGGUGGUUGGCUGCCAGGAUGGAACCGUUUCCUUCUACCAACUGAUUUUCAGCACAGUCCAUGGACUGUAUAAGGAUCGUUACGCUUACCGGGACAACAUGACUGACGUGAUUGUCCAGCACCUCAUCACAGAGCAGAAAGUUCGGAUUAAAUGCAGAGAGCUCGUCAAGAAAAUUGCCAUCUACAAAAACAGAUUAGCUAUCCAACUUCCAGAGAAAAUACUGAUAUAUGAAUUAUAUUCACUUGACAUAACAGACAUGCAUUACCGAGUGAAGGAAAAAAUCCUCAAGAAGUUUGAAUGCAACCUGCUGGUGGUGUGUUCGGAUCACAUCAUCCUUUGCCAGGAGAAAAGGCUGCAGUGCCUGUCCUUUAGUGGAGUGAAAGAGAGGGAGUGGCAGAUGGAGUCUCUCAUUCGUUACAUCAAGGUGAUUGGAGGCCCUCCAGGGAGAGAAGGCCUGUUAGUUGGUCUAAAGAAUGGUCAGAUCCUGAAGAUCUUUGUGGACAACCUGUUCGCUGUUGUCCUGCUCAAACAGACCACAGCUGUUCGGUGCCUAGACAUGAGUGCGUCUCGAAACAAGCUGGCCGUGGUGGAUGAAAAUGACACCUGCCUGGUGUAUGACCUUUGCACCAAGGAGCUGCUUUUCCAGGAACCAAAUGCUAACAGUGUGGCCUGGAACACUCAGUGUGAGGAUAUGCUCUGUUUCUCUGGAGGGGGUUAUCUCAACAUCAAAGCGAGCAACUUCCCCGUUCACCAGCAGAAGCUUCAAGGCUUUGUCGUGGGCUACAAUGGCUCCAAGAUCUUCUGCCUGCAUGUUUUCUCCAUGUCUGCCGUGGAAGUGCCUCAGUCUGCCCCUAUGUAUCAGUACCUGGACCGGAAAAUGUUCAAAGAAGCCUACCAGAUUGCUUGCCUAGGUGUGACUGAAACAGAUUGGAAAGAUUUGGCCAUGGAGGCUUUAGAAGGAAUGGAGUUUGAAACAGCCAAAAAGGCAUUUACCAGAGUACAAGACCUUCGGUAUUUAGAACUGAUCAACAAUAUUGAGGAGAGGAAGAAGCUUGGAGAGACCAACAAUGAGUUGUUUCUCGCAGAUGUUUAUGCCUACCAGGGAAAGUUCCACGAGGCAGCUAAACUGUACCAGCGGAGUGGGCAUGAGAAUCUUGCUCUGGACAUGUUUAGUGAUCUGCGCAUGUUUGACUUUGCUAAGGCCGUGAUUUCGGUCUUCUCUCUUUCCGAGGACAGGUUAACAGACAUGGCUCGGAAACUGGAUAAAGCGGAGCGGGAGCCACUGUUGAUGUGCGCUUACUACUUUAAGGUGUUGGACAACCCCGGCUACGCUGCUGAAAUCUACAUGAAGAUGGGGGACCUGAAGCAUCUGAUAGAGCUCCAUGUAGAAACUCAGCGCUGGGAAGAGGCCUUUUCUCUGGGGGAAAAGCAUCCUGAAUUUAAGAAAGAGAUCUAUGUGCCCUAUGCUCAGUGGUUGGCAGAGAACGAUCAGUUCGAAGAAGCGCAAAAAGCAUUCCAUAAAGCUGGCAGUCAAGGAGAAGCGAUAAAAGUAUUGGAACAGCUAACCCACAAUGCUGUAGUAGAAAACAGGUUUAACGAUGCAUCAUACUAUUACUGGAUGCUGUCCAUGCAGUGCCUUGAUAUAGCUCAAGAUGAAUCACAGAAGGAGGAGAUGCUCCGCAAGUUUCACCACUUUCAGCACUUGGCAGAUAUUUAUCACGUGUACCACUCCAUUCAGAGAUACACGGAUGAACCUUUCAGUUUUCAUCUCCCUGAGACACUUUUCAAUAUCUCCAGAUUCCUGCUCCACAGCCUGACCUCGGAGAUUCCCUUAGGGAUCUCUAAAGUCAAUACACUCUUCACCCUGGCCAAGCAGAGCAGAGCCUUGGGAGCGUUUAAAUUGGCUCGUCAUGCUUAUGAAAAGUUGCAGGGUCUGCAGAUCCCAAUGAGGUUCCAGAAGUCCAUUGAGCUAGGCAGCCUGACAAUCCGCUCCAAGCCCUUCCAUGACAGCGAGGAGCUUGUGCCCCUGUGUUAUAGGUGCUCCACCAACAACCCCCUGCUCAACAACCUCGGGAAUAUCUGCAUUAAUUGCCGGCAGCCAUUCGUCUUCUCCGCUUCUUCAUAUGAGGUUUUGCAUCUGGUGGAGUUCUACCUGGAGGAAGGGAUCACAGAUGAAGAAGCCGUGGCGCUAAUAGACCUGGAGAUCCCCAGAUCAGGCAAGAGAAUGUACCAGUGGAAAGAAACAGAAAGUAGCAAUUCCCAAAGUCUGCAGCUGAGUGAGAAGGUGGGAAACAUCAAACAAGAAGAUCCAUUUACUGCCAAACUGAGCUUUGAGCAAGGGAACUCCGAGUUUGUCCCUGUGGUGGUGAACCGGGCGGUCCUGCGCACCAUGAGCAGACGAGAUGUUCUGAUUAAGCGUUGGCCCAAGCCGUUGCCGUGGCAGUACUUCCGCUCCCUGCUCCCGGAUGCUUCCAUCACUAUGUGCCCUUCGUGCUUUCAGAUGUAUCACUCAGAAGAUUAUGAGCUGCUGGUCCUGCAGCACAACUGCUGUCCAUUCUGCCGGAGACAUAUCGAUGACACCAGUUAGUGACACCUCGACUGCUAGACACUCCUCUUCAGGGUUUUCUGGAGGGGUGGCGCAACACAGACUUCUCAUAUAUUCAUUGGCUUUCUUGCUUUCAUUUGGGCCAGGCUUUUUUUUUUUAAGAGACGUUUUAAUGAGGAAAAGGAGAAAAAGUCGGAACGUUGCUUCAUGUCCUGAUGAAAUUUGUAUUUUUAUGAGCUAGUAUAUCUACCAAAUCCCUAUUUAUGACAUUUUCUGCUUUGUAAGUAGCAGUUAAAUGUAAAAGACAGUCUGUAUAUUUUCUAUUAAAACUAAUCUUACUCUAGAA